AUGCGUACUUGGACACUUCAUCCUCGUCACGAUGAUGAAGGCCCGGGGCCACGAAAAUUUCCUCUUUUUGGAGACUUGCACUACUCACCCGUCGAAAAACCGCUCAUCAACUGGGAUGCUUGGGCGAAGCAAAACGGCGCCAUCGUGGCGGCCAGGUUGUUUGGGAUCGUUCCCAUUAUUAUCCUCAACACAUCCGAAGUGGCAACCGAACUUUUCAGCAAGCGCAGCCAGUGGUAUAGUAACAGGCCGAGGUCAGUCACAAUGGAGAUGAUCACGGGCGCCGGCCCAGGUAAAUGCAAGUUCACUCUCUUGCAUGAUUACGAUGCCGACCUCCAACAAUAUCAUCGCAUCCUGUCACCAACUAUCGGGGCACCUUCUGCUCCUCGAUAUCAACCCUUGAUGGAACUCGAGUCUAUGCAGUUGCUUGUGGAUCUCGUUGCUUUAGCGGAAAGGGACAAAGAUCAUAUCACCUCGACCAGGAUCGUCUACCCGCACUUUGAGCGCACCCAAGGCAGCAUCAUAAUGUCACUGCAUUAUGGUAUGCGUAUUCCCACCUGCGAAGAUCCCAUUCUUCACCAAGUCGUGAAAAUUCAAGCGAAAUUGUCACAUCUUGUUGCUCACCCUGGUCUCCCUGACUCUCUUCCCGCACUUCGCCAUCUCCCAGCUUUGGUCUCGCCUUGGAAGCGCCAUGCCAACAAGAUAUAUGAUGAGCAAACAAAACUCUACAUGAAGCUCAUGAAUCAUGGUAGAAGAUUUGAGGGAUGGAAUGCAACAAAGAAAAUCAUUGCAGCGACCGAAAAACAGACCCAAAGCCCCCAACUUCCGCAUCUGGACUUGGCCUUUAUGCUUGCCACUUCUAUCCAAGGUGGCAUGGAGACAUCCCCUCGUCAGAUCCUUUGGUUGUUCCCAGGCUUGAUAAAGAAUCCAGGAUUUCUGAAGAAGGCUCAUGCCGUGCUUGAUGAGGUUGUCGGACAUGAUCGUCUCCCGAGUUUCCAAGACAGGCCGAAACUACCUCUGAUUGACGCUGCCGUUCACGAGCUCUUGCGCUGGAGGCCUGUCGCUCCCGGUAGCGUUCCACGGAGGGCUGAUAGAGAUGACCAUUACAAAGGGAUAAAGAUUGCAAAGGGAAACAUGGUCAUGGCCAACGCGUGGGGUAUUGGGCGUGAUGACGCUGUGUUUGAUCCGUCCUUGGGAAAUCUGGACGACUAUGUCCCCGAGAGGUGGCUGAUGCAUGAUGAGAACAACGGCCAGCCCAAGUUAAGAAGUAACUUACCCCUUGCUGCAUUUGGGCAAGGGAGGCGAAGCUGUCUGGGGAAGAAGGUCGCUAUUGAUGGGAUGUUCAUUCAAGUCGCGAGGCUUCUAUGGGCCUUUGACAUUGAGCCUGUGGAAGAAGUUGAUCCAUGGAAGAUGGACGUUGUUGGACUGAUGAUCAUACCAAACAAUUUUAGGUUUAAACUGAAGCCACGAAGCAUUUUGGCGGGGGCUACGAUCAAAAAGGAAUGGAAUAAGGCUGAUCAGCUGUAA